AUGGAGUUUUUAUUCUAUUUUCAAUUUGGAAAGAUGUAUUUCAUCAGUGAUAAGUCAAUGCUGGAUCACUACUGUCCCUGGGACACUUAUCACAUUGAAGUACCAGAGAGACUUUCUACAAUUUUAGAAGCUGUUCAGGAUCCUGAGCUAUCAAGCAAAAUCGAAUUUCUGCCACUACGUUCUGCUACCGAGCAGGAUUUGGAGAUGGUCCACACGAGAAAAUAUAUUUCUGACAUCGGGAGCACCAAACAGAUGUCCACGGAAGAACAAGAAGAAUUCUGCUCGAAUUAUGAAGAUAUUUACGUAAAUAAGCAUACCUUUGACACUGCUUUGCUAGCAGCUGGGUGUACAUUCCAAUUAGUUGAUGCAGUCUGUAGAACUGAUACUCCAGGGUUUGCGGCUAUUCGACCACCUGGUCACCAUGCUUUUCCGGAUCGAGGUUGUGGUUUUUGUAUUUUCAAUAAUGUCGCGCUUGCUGCUAAAUAUGCCCUGAAACAAGGAAAUUCCCGAGUGUUGAUCGUUGACUGGGAUGUGCAUGCUGGACAAGGCACUCAAGAGUGCAUAGCUGAUGAUGACCGUAUUCUUCUUAUCUCCAUUCAUCGCUUCGAAAACGGCAACUUUUGGCCAAAUCUUGAGCAGAGCGCAGUGAAAACAAAGUUCAAAAACACCAUCAAUGUGCCUCUUAAUGCUACCGGAAUGGGUGAUUCCGAUUAUCUGGCAAUCUUCCAAUUAGUGGUACAUCCUGUGAUCAAUGACUUCAAGCCGGAUAUCAUCCUAGUCUCAUGUGGAUUCGAUGCAGCUUUGGGUGACCCCGAAGGCGAGAUGCGAUUGACCCCAGCAGGCUACGGAACCCUCACUCAUCAAUUGCUCUCAUGGGGCAUACCAUUAGCUCUGAUCCUGGAAGGAGGCUAUUUCCUGGAUUCUAUCGCAGCUGACUUCAAAUUCGUUGCUAAAGCAUUAGUCAAACAAGAGAUCCCUCCGGUUACGAUACAGCCUCUCAAUGCAGCUCUUCCCCCCGUUCUCAAUCGAAUCCACUCAGAAUACGGCGUCAGCUUUCCAUCUCUAACAAUGAUUAGAGAGAUCAAGCUGAUGCUCAACUCCAAAGAUAACCCAGAGAACAAUGCGGAGUUCCAAGGAAAACGAGAGUUCAGCCUGCCAUUUCCAACCCGAGGCCUCUAUGAGAAAAGACCAGAUCAAGUCAUACAGGAUUUCAAAGAUGAACUGCAGAGUAUCAUUUCCAGUUACGAUACACCGAAACCGUACAAGGCUGUCCAUUUGAUGAAUCAGGACAACCAGAUGAGUACGUCGUGUACAGACUUAAGAAAUGGUUUCACACUACAAAUCACUAAGGAGAUGGAAGGAAUUGUGAAUUUACUGAUCUCCCAAAGUGUAAACCCACUACUCCCAUCAACAGCAUUCAACACAAAAAUCGACCGGACUACCACUGAACAGGUUGUGAAACUUCUACAAGAAAUUCAAAGCGCCGGCAUACCUCAACCAUACAUCAUGUACUUAUAGCACCGAAAAUAAACAUUUAUACGCAG